UCUUCUAUAAAUCAGUUUUUGCAUGUUACCUGAUAUUCAUCACUUUCACCAAACCCCCCCCUAUUUCUCUUUUAUCACCUCUCAUUUCUCUCUUUAUUUUUAUUCAUCAAUAAUCAACUAACUGUCAACAACCAAGAAUUAACCCCUUGCUCUUCUUCAUAAAUCUUUCUUUGUAUUUAUAUUUAUAUACACUAGGUUUGGUUAAUUGGAGAAGGAAUUGAAUUAGCUAGCUAUGGCUACCUUUGCAGGAACUCAACAGAAAUGCAUGGCCUGUGACAAAACUGUGUAUCUUGUUGAUAAGUUAACUGCUGAUAACAGAGUCUUCCACAAGGCCUGUUUCAGGUGCCACCAUUGUAAAGGCACUCUCAAGCUGAGCAACUUCAAUUCUUUUGAGGGAGUGCUCUAUUGCAGGCCUCACUUUGAUCAACUAUUCAAGAGAACUGGCAGUCUGGACAAGAGUUUUGAAGGAACACCAAAAAUCGUGAAACCUGAAAAGCCUGCCGAGAAUAAUGAGAACGCACAAAAAGUUUCCAACAUGUUUGCCGGUACCAGAGAGAAAUGUGUUGGCUGCAAUAAAACCGUUUAUCCAAUUGAGAAGGUUUCUGUAAAUGGAACUGCAUAUCACAGGAGCUGCUUCAAAUGCAGCCAUGGAGGGUGCACAAUCAGCCCAUCUAACUACAUAGCACACGAGGGAAAACUCUAUUGCAAGCAUCACCACAUUCAACUCUUCAAGGAGAAAGGAAACUACAGCCAGCUUGAGAAUGAUCAUGACAAGAAUCCAAUGACUGACAAACUUCCAUCUGUGGAAAUCGCGGCGGAGUCAUAACCUUCAAAUGAAUUUUCUUAUUGAAAUUCUACUUACUCUUACAGGAUGGUUUUUUACGCUUUAAGCUUUGUUAAUGUAUUUCUGUUAUGAUUUGUGGGCAUUGGGUUUUUUUCUAAGCGAGGUUGAGUGAGUAUAAUAAGAUUUUGCCACAGGUUGUUACA